UAGUACUGAUCUAAUUUUCUUGGUAUUAAAAAAAAGCAGUGUCCUAUCUUGCUUCCUGUGCUGGCAGCUUGUGUAACCUUUAAGGAAUGUAGAAGAUGAUGCCAGAAUUAUUUUUGGGAUGUGAUUCAGAUGUUAAAAUAGCAAAAAAGGUUGCAGGGUAGAUUACCAAGGAGAACGCAGACGGUUGUGCUGUCGACCUAGAUGUAGCUUUUGAAUCGAGAGACGAUGAAAAGCARCGAUUUCAGCCGAGGCAAGUGUCUGCAGAGAUGGUGAGUUGGAAAAUAUUUAUUACUUACUGCAUACCUACAAUGUUUUUAUUGUGUGGUGUGGGCUUUAUUCGCAAGAUAUAUUAAUGYUGUGGCUGUCACACUGUGAUGACGUCCUAAAGGAUUGUUGCACUGUCUUUUAAUCCAGAUGAAUCACAUCUGAAAGGCUGAAAAGGAACGUGCAACUCAUAGCACUACCAAGAAGAGGGCCCGAGGAGCAGAUUGUAGGAGCAGAAGUGGAGCAUCCAGACAUGCCCAGAGGUCUCAGCUGCCUGGCGAGCCCCGAGGUGCGAGCGGGCAGGUACGAGACCCCCUCAGCUUCAGAGCUCCACAGACUGAUGUGGACAAAGAAGGGAAGCAGCAACCAUCUGGAUGAAGUUUAUCCCAGGAUCUACAUUGGAGACAUGUAUGCAGCAAAAGACAAAAGGACACUCCAGUGUCACCACAUCAGCCAUGUGCUCAACGCUGCUCAUGGGAAAUUCAACGUGAACACGGGGCCCAGCUUUUACAGAGACACCAGCAUCACUUAUCAUGGAGUGGAAGCGUUCGACAUGCCGUCGUUUGAUUUAAGUCCCUUUUUUUACCCAGCCGCCAAUUUCAUGAAGAAUGCUUUAAGCUCGCCAACAGGUAAGGUGUUUGUUCACUGUGCAAUGGGGCUCAGCCGCUCGUCCACUCUGGUUCUGGCCUACCUGAUGAUCCAUGAACACAUGACGCUGGCCGGCGCCAUCAAAGCAGUCAGCGCCAACAGGAACAUUUCACCUAAUGAGGGAUUUUUGGAGCAGCUUAGAAAUUUGGACAAAAAGCUGAACUGCUAUUAAGCAGCUGGAGCAUCARUGAAUGGAGUUAAACAAUCCUUGUUGUGUUGUUGAAAUCAAAAGCCAUUUAUUGUUUUUGCUUGGUGAGAUGAAUACAAUGUUUCUGCAAAAAAAAAAACCUAAUAUGAAGAUAAAAAAACAAAAAAACACUUGAUUAAAACAGUUAGAUUUACUUGAGACAAUGGUGUUUUAGUUACAAAACAAGGAAAGAAAAAAAUAAAUGUGCAAAGGAGAAAGAACAGCAUUACAACAAUCUGAAGGGCUUUAAAUUGGAGUCACUUAAGCAGAAUGGCUACAUAAUUAGGGAUAUGAUAAAAUACUUCAGUGUUUUCCUCUUGUGACGAUGCUAAACACCAGUAGUGCCAAUAAAGGGGGGUCAGGGAGAAAUGCUCCCUACAGA